AUGCCUUGGAAUGCGGACGUUGAGUGGCUGAAGCAGCACCCUGACCCGCGGCUGGUCGUGGGCGUCGCCGUCGACGGCUCGUCCAUUGGCGACAAGGCGCUGCAGGCAGCAGUAGCGCUCCACCGGGAGAGGCGUGCUGACAGGCUGGUGCUCCUGCAUGUCGGCGACGGCAGCAAGGCGUCCUGGCUGCCGCGCCACCUGACGCCGCGCUACCUGGAGAGCACGUAUGUCGGCAAGGCGGCAGACCUUCACGUUCACGCUGAGUGGGCGUACAGGGAGAAGGCGGACGGUCAGAGCACGUGCGAGGCGCUGACCGCGCUGGCAGAGUCCCAGGCCGUGGGGCUGCUGGUGGUGGGCAGCUACGGCCGCAAGGGGGAGAAGUCGUUUGACAUGCUGGGCCACGUGUCGGACUACUCGCUGCGCGAGAGCCACUGCAGCGUCUGCAUCGUGCGCUCGUCCAGCCCGCCCGCCGGCCCCGCGGGGGAGCAGGACUACCUGUUUGCCACAGACGGCUCGAAGGCCGCCGCCCUCGCGUUCUGCACGCUCGUCCGCCAGGUGCUGCGCCCCGGCGACAAGGUGCUGGUGGCGCAGGCCACCUACGACCACGGCGCCGGCCGGGAGAGCGAGGAGCUGUUUGAGUCCUACAAGAAGAUGAUGGACGCGCACAAGGCACGGCUGACAGGGAGCAUCAUGACCCUCAUCUAG